UAUCACUGCUACAUGUAAAGAUAUUAGAGCAAUAAAGAAGGUAUUCCAAGUCACUCUUCCCUGCAACAAGAAAACAACCCAUCAUCACAACCACCACCAGCAGCAGCUACGGUGCCAAGCUACAAGAAUUAGUAUGCGAACCUCAAGGACCCAACCAAGCAAGAAUGGAAAAAUGUGGAUCUCUGUUUUAAUGAUGAAAGGUUUCAAUCAGCAAAACAAGACACGUGGCAAAAUACACGUCCUCUCUCAACCUCUCAUCUCAUUGGUGGGAAUCUGCACCUUUUGGCGCCAGCAAUCCCUCUCCCCAUUAAUUAAAGUGGAAUGAAAAUCUAUGGAACUUUGCGAGUUGCGACCCACUAAGUCCUAUUCAUUAAGGACCCAGACUACGAAGUACGAAGAAUAGAAAAAUAAUCGAACUUCGGCUAUCAGUUUGGAACUCCAGAUCAGAGAAAAAUGGCUAGUGCGGUGGAAUUGCUGCCAAAGGAAUAUGGCUACGUAGUUCUUAUCCUGGUUCUCUAUGGCUUUCUCAAUGGCUGGAUGACCGCCCAAGUCGGCAAAGCUCGGAAGAAGUUCAAGGUGCCUUAUCCUACCCUUUACGCCUCAGAAUCAGAAAACAAGGAGGCCAAGCUUUUCAACUGCGUUCAGAGAGGGCACCAGAACUCACUUGAGAUGAUGCCUUUGUUCUUCGUGUUGGUUCUGCUUGGAGGGCUUCAAUAUCCUGUGGUUGCAGCUGGGCUUGGCCUUGUUUACAUUGUUGGUCGCUUCUUCUACUUCACUGGUUAUGCUAGUGGGGAUCCCAAGAAACGUAUGAGAGGGGCAUUCAAUCUAUUGGCGUUGCUUGGACUUGCUGGUUGCACUAUUUCAUUGGGAGUCAAUAUUCUGCGUAGGUAAAUUUUCUGCAAAUUAGAGAUUGACCCUUUUUUUUUCUAUUAAAUGUUGAGAGAUGGGCAGGUUGGACAUUGAAACACUGGUUGAAGAAAGUUAAAGUUGUUCAUGUUUGAAUAAAGGCCUAAGAGAAAUGUUCAGUCUUUCUUGGGCCUUAUUUUUUCAGAUUAGAUACUGUAUUAGGUAAGCUCGUUGAAUUUGUAGGGACUUUUGAUCUC